AUGCCUGCAGCAGUCACAACCAGGCCCAAGCUGGGCAAGCUCUCUACUCCAGUAACGAGCACAUUUCCUCCCGAUAUCAGCUCAGCAAACACGGCUACUCCUCGGUCUGCUCUUUUUGCCUGCAAGCCUGAUCCUAGCUACAUCCAAACACCGAUCAGUCCACCAUUGGCCUACACCGAUUUCCUCUCCAAGGCUCUAGGAUCGCUCAACUCGCCAGCUCUCGCACCCGGCGAAAUUUCUCCCGAGUCUGCACCGACGUCUGCUGCUAGCGACAAGUCGGAUAGCUCCUCAGUGGACGAACGUCCAUCUCCAGCUUCUAGCGCUGCCAGCAGCAAACCUCCUUCUCCAGCAUCGGCAGUUCCCCCAACUCCAUUCACCGCGCCGCUGCCCAUGUCUGCACCGGCAACUGGAGCAAAUUGCUUUCCUAGCCUGAAAGUGCCGCCUAGCCCUGCCAUUUCUAAUCUGGAUUCUCCCAUGAGCUCCCGACUCAUAGGCUCCCCGUGGAGCGCUCGGUCGAUUCACCCUGUGUUUGACUGGGACGCUGCCCUCAAAGCCCGCCUUGGAGAGACGAAGAAGCAAAAAUCCUCGCGUGUUAGUGUGCGACACAUUCGUGAGGUAGUGACGAGGACUGUCACUUACACCCCAAAGAUGGAUCCUGCCCCCCGAGGCAAGCGACGGAAAGUUGAGUGA